GGAACAGUCACCCUUACUUCAGACAAUUCAGCCCCUGAAUACGGAAGCGAUGUUCACCUCAAAUGCACAGCCCUCGAUGAUACAGUCUACCGCAUGGAUUGGUACUGGAUGCCGCUCAAUGGCACAUCAGAUUCCAGUGUCUAUGUGGUCGAUUCUAAUUAUGUCUAUCAGACAUCUCACAUCGGCGGUACGUCGCCCCUCGACAUUGUGAAUUUCCAGAGCGAGGAUUUAGGGAUAUAUUUGUGUGUCAUCAACUGGUGGUCUGCAGUGGCUAACGUGACAUUGGGACCGGAAAGAGUGGCCACAACUAUAGAGCCAACAACUUCAUCAGCCACUACUCAAGCAGAUGAUGCAUCGACCACAGCCACUACUCAAGCAGAUGAUGCAUCGACCACAGCCACUACUCAAGCAGAUGAUGCAUCGACCACAGCCACUACUCAAGCAGAUGAUGCAUCGACAACAGAGGUGCCAUUCACAACUGAAUCUUUUGCCACGGUCACCCCAACAUGGUGUGCAUUAGGAGAUGUAGACACCCUACAGGAAGCGAUUGCAUGCGGUGAAACGACCCGUAUUGAUGUUGAACCAGGCAAUCUAACUGAUGCUAAGAGAGAAGAACUGGUUGAUUUCUUGAAGUUCAUUGCGACACAGCCCGCAGAGCAGCUGACAACAAUCUCAGAUACCGUUGCAGUUACAAAGACUGUUUUGAUGGCGUUUGCUAAACUAACAGAUCCUGACCAAAGUUUGUCGGUUCAGGGAGAAACAGCUAUUGUAGCCGAUACCGAAGAAGCGUUGAAGAUGUUGGCUGGAACUCUGGCACCCAAAACCUGUGCAACAAUUGGACACCAGACCGGCAGUGCAAGUCUGUGCAAUUCUCUUAACAUUGAUCAGUCGGAUGGCUACACCUUCAAGCACCAAGUGCCCCUGAGCUACGAUGCAGACGGCAAUGCAAUCGGUACCUUUGAAGAAAGCCUGGAGUUUGACUUGCUAGAUCUGGAUAAGGAUGCAAAGAAUGCGAGUGUGAUUGUUUUGAGGAAGGAAAGUACUGCACAAAACAUUGACAGAGUUAAAGACCUGGAUCAGGAUGGCAACCUUCAAGCUUCCAAUGAGACUCAGAUACAGCUGAACAGUGCUCUACUGACUUUCUCUGUGUUUGUAGAAGGCGAUCGUACGUCAGUGCCCGUUACAUUCAGUCUGUAUCAUCUGGAAAAUGCGAAUGAUGAAUCAAUGAAAGGCGAGAGUUCAACCGUCAACAUCAGCAGACAGUCAUUAUGUGUCUUUGUGGAUGAGACAGAUGACCAAGAUGUGCAAUGGUCAUCGUGGGGUUGUAAAGUGCUAUUGGACAGAUCAACCAGCAAGUAUACAUACUGCACCUGCAACCAUUCCACUAGCUUUGCCGUUCUCAUGCAAGUCACGCCCUUCAAGAUUUCUACAGCAGAUUCAUUGGCCUUGACCUGGAUCACUUACAUCGGCUGUGGUACAUCAAUGAUCAUGCUAGUACUGAUGUUAGCAGUAUUCCUGUACUUGGGGAGGAUGCUACAAUCUGGCCGUUCCUUCAUCCACACAAAUCUGGCGAUUGCAAUCUUACUCGCGCAGAUCCUGUUCAUCGCUGGCAUUGACAGAACUGAAAACAGGGGUGUGUGCAAGGCCGUGGCCCUCCUUCUUCAUUUCUGCUACCUGUCCGUCUUUGCUUGGAUGCUAGUUGAAGGUGUCCAUUUGUACAUGAAGAUAGUCAAGGUGUACGGCAGUGAGAACAUCAAGAUGUAUCCCUAUCUCUUCAUUGGCUGGGGCAUCCCUGUCAUCAUCACCUUGAUAUCAUUUGGAGCUAGUAAUGACGGCUAUGGGACGGGGAAUAGCUGUUGGCUUGACACAUCCUCUGGCUUGAUCUGGGCAUUUGUUGCCCCAGCACUCCUUGUCAUUGUGAUUAACAUGAUAGUUUUGGCGAUGGUUGUGCGCAUUAUCAUCAAAUCUGCCCACUUAAGACAGGAGAAGAAGUAUGAUCACAUCAAAGCUGGUAUCAAGGGCGCCCUCAUGCUGCUGCCUAUCCUAGGUCUGACCUGGGUCUUCGGACUGCUGGCUGUCAACAGCGCCCUCACUGUAUUCCAGUACCUCUUCACCAUCUUCAACUCAUUCCAGGGGCUGUUCAUCUUUCUGAUCAACUGCGCCUUCAACUCGGAGGUGAAAGCUGCAUUUGUACGCAAGAGGGAAAAGCAACGAAUGGCCAAAGACAGAGAAACACUGGAGCAUUCCAUGUCCUUUGUGUACACAACUAAACUUGACACAAAUGCUGAGAACACGUCUGACACCGGAGGGCGCUCUGAUCAUAAUCCAAAGGAGCCCUACACUGACAUCACCUCGCUUCGUUCAGUCUCCCUCUCCAGCCGUCCAGGGAGCAGCUCAUCCCUCCUGGAUGUUACUCAGCGAAAACACCUGAAACGUCCACAUAGUGGCAAGGUUUCACCAAUGCCUAACACCGAGGAUCUGGAGACCAUCUAAUGGACAUCAUCAGGAGACAGGCAUUCACAAACAAGACAUGGCAGGCCUGGCAAAGCUGACCAAAAUCCUACACAAUUGAUUGAGAAUGGCAGCCGCUGAAACCGUUCGUAGAAUUAGCUUAAAUUUACAUGAUUGCAAUGAAAACCCCACUUUUACCAUUUGUUAUGAGAUUUGACUAAUCACCUAGACAUGUAUCAUAAAAGUCAUGAAACAUAUGGCACCAGACUACUUCAUAUGUAGUGUAGUACAAGAUGAAUAGAUAAGUCUCACACAGCUUGUCCCAGCCGGCACUAAAAUCCAAUUGGAUCAGCCAAAGGUCCUGUUGUAGUUUUAAAGUUUGGGACUCUCAAUACUGUGUAUGAGAGUCCAAAACUAAACGUAUUCACAUGCAAUACAAGAAAAUAGACUGGCACCUGAAACAACUAGUCCAACAACCCUUCAGUACUGCAUGAAUCAACUUGUGUCAAUAGAAACAUAUGGCAUGUCUGGUACUAGUCUCUAUUUCUACACAUUUCUCCAUAGUUGGCCACCAGUUGGACCAUGGUUGGGCAUGUACCAGUCUAGUCUUUGUUUUCAAAUUGAAAUUACUUGACUUGCCUCUCAUGUGCAGAAUAUUGAAAAAAGGUCUCCUUUCAAAAUUGAAUUGAGACCUCAAACUUG